UCUCAUUUCCAUCCACACCGUCACCAUGUCCGCCGGAUCAGAACACGCACACGCCGCGCCCGUCGGCAUCCCCGAGUCCGGCGGCCACGCCGAUAUGGCUAUCACUGAGCUUGUCGCUGCCUUUGAGGCCCACGACUUUCGCAACGAUCAGGAGUUCCGGGCCGGCCUGCCCGCCGUAAUCAAGUCCGUCAAGGGGCGAGGAGCGAGUGCGGCGGACAUUGACGACGUGAUUGCGCGUGCCCAGUGGUUUUACUUUACUCGGAAGCAACAGACGCAGGUUCCAUUCGAAGUCUAUCUCGAGCGCCGUACCGGGGAGACCGAAAGUGUGCCCAUGGGCUCGUCAGUGACGUCGGGCACGUCUGCUUCUUCCGCCCCGACCGCUCCCCCGACCUUCCAGUCCCAACCUCCCAACGGUGCUUUCACCGGGGCGCACGGCCUUGCCCCUCCCUCCUCCGACCCACCUCCCUUCUCCUCGCGCCCGCCCUCCCCGCCUCAGGGCGCCUCCGCGGCAGUAGCCUCGGCUCUCCCCGCUCGCUUCGACACUGACGGUGAGGGGGGCAUCACCGUGGAGCGGGUGUGCACGUCGAUCCCGGCGUCGCGCAACACCACGCCACCCCCGCGCGACACGACACCGCAGGCGCGCCCCGAGCUGGGCGUCCGGGCGCCCAGCACCGGCGGCUCCACCCUCCCCACCCCAGGGCUCACCGAGUCUGAGGCGUCGACGCCCGACGUCAGCGGCAUGCGCAUCGAGAACCGCGUCGCCGUCGCCGCCGAGAUGGCAGUCCCGGCCGCUGAUGCACCUGUCGAGGCGGAGAUUGAGGCGUCCAACGCACCAGGGCCGAUCGAGACGACCGCCCCGGGGCCUGACGGGCCACAGAUGCCCUUCGACGAAGUCGUGCGCCUCAUCUCGACGGGACGCGCCGGCGAGGUGCCACAUCACGAGAUCCCCGAAGGCCUCAACGAGGAGCCUGCCAGCGAGGCUAAGAUGGCAUCGCGUCCAAAGCCGUGGGAGCGAGCUGCGUCGUCCACCGCAUCUGCUCAGACCGCUGACGCUGCCCAGCUUGCGGAGCAGUGAUGUAUCAUCAGUGUAGAGUAUUAAUGAACCGGUCAUCUGGAG